GGCGGCCGCUGAAUGUAUCUAUCGGUGAGGCGGGGCGGGGACGGCGGAGUGUUUCUAUUGAAGAAACGCCGAGCGCUGGCUGGCGGCUGUGGUGCAAGCGACGCGGCGCCAUCCAGGGUCAUUGAGAAAAAAAGGGACUGCGAGCGUUAAAUCUACCAUUCAGCAAUCCGAGCCCAGUCGCCGACAGAUGCAGUCCAGCUCGCUCCUUCUUGAGGGGGGGAAAUACAGUUUUUUCCCCAGACGAAUUUUGCAGUUAAAAAAUUAAUUUUUUUUUUGCAAUUUCAGGUUUUAUUUGCAGAGAAACAUUUUGCAAUUUGCAAAGACAUUUCUCUGCAAGUUGGGGAGAGGGGUGUUCCCAUUGAUAAAAAAAAAGUCGACAGGUUUGGCGGCCGUCUUGUUUUAAAACUGAUGCACAGUCAGUGAAUUUUGUUUUGCCCCCAUGUUAGAGAAAUUACCCUGCUGUCCGUUUGACUCGGAAAUGGCGAUCUGCAAGGCGACAGGCUGGCUCCACGACCAGUUGGAGCGAGGCAGCGACAGCCUGCUGCUGAUGGACUGCCGUGCCCAUGAGCUGUACGAGUCCUCACACAUCGAGGCGGCCAUCAGCGUGGCCAUCCCGGGCCUGAUGCUGCGGCGGCUCCGCAGGGGGAACUUCCCCGUCAAGUCGCUCAUCUCCAACAACGAGGACAAGGAGCGCUUCGCCCGCCGCUGCAAGACCGACAUCAUCCUCCUGUACGACGAGAGCUCGGCCGAGUGGAACGAGAACCUCAACACCACCUCUGUACUUGGCCUACUACUGAGAAAGUUAAAGGACGAAGGGUGUAAAGUCUUCUGCUUGGAAGGCGGCUUCAGUAAGUUCCAAGCGGAAUACCCGGCGCACUGCGAAACGAACGGCGAGAGUUCGUGUUGCAGUCACUCCCCCACGGUGCCCGUCCUGGGACUCGGCGGACUCCGCAUCAGCUCCGACUCGUCGGACAUCGAGUCGGACGCCCCGAACAGCGCGACCGAGUGCGAGAGCAGCCCGCUCUCCAACAAUCACCAGCCACCCUUCCCGGUCGAGAUCUUGCCCUAUCUCUACCUGGGCUGCGCCAAGGACUCCACCAACCUCGACGUGUUGGAAGAACACGGUAUCAAGUACAUCCUGAACGUCACCCCCAACCUCCCCAACCUGUUUGAGAACGCAGGCGAAUUUAAAUACAAGCAAAUUCCCAUUUCAGAUCAUUGGAGCCAGAACCUUUCCCAGUUUUUUCCUGAAGCGAUUGCAUUUAUAGAUGAAGCUCGUAACCAGAGCUGUGGUGUCCUGGUGCACUGCUUGGCUGGCAUCAGCCGAUCAGUCACAGUGACCGUGGCCUACCUGAUGCAGAAGCUGAACCUCUCCAUGAACGAUGCCUACGACAUCGUGAAGAUGAAGAAGUCCAACAUCUCCCCCAACUUCAACUUCAUGGGGCAGCUGCUGGACUUUGAGCGGACGCUGGGCCUCAGCAGCCCCUGCGACAACCGGGUCCCCACCCAGCCCCUCUACUUCACCACCCCCACCAACCACAACGUCUUCCAGCUCGACUCGCUCCAGUCCACUUGACCUGAUGACCCAACGCCGACGGAAGAGGCUGGGGAGGAAUUUUUAAAGGUCGAAUCACUGACACAUAACGGGGUCGACCUGGCUCUGGAAAAGAAUAACUGAUCUCACUGAAAGCAGCUUGACUCUUGUCCAAGCAGCCUAUUGUGGAAAGGGGGGGUUGGUUUCCCUGACCUUUGACUUUGAGGCCGUUGAUGGUUCACAAGGUUAGUUGGGAAAGUGCAGUGGCUGAAAGCUUUGCAGUCUAAAGAAGGGACAAAAAAGAGGUGUCAGGUGUAGCACUUGUGCUCCCGCUCAAUGCUCUCUUUUUCCGUCCUACUGGUAACUAAAUGUGUCUUCAGUGAAGACUUUGUCAAUUCACACUAGUAGGGAAAAGUAAAAAAAAGUUUUGUGGAGUUCUGGAACUGGCCACGAUUUUGUCUCUGUACUCGUGAUCUUGUCGAGUAUCUCACAGCAUGACUUCUGUAUAUAUUGUCUGCAUACAAAUCCAGUGUCAUAAUCGAAUGUCAGCUGAGGUUCUGUACUUUUGGACAGGGUGUUAGAAGGAAUCUAGCUUCCUGUAAGGUACUUGCUUGUAUUGAAUCUGUUCUACCUGCUGACUCAUGGGACUGACAGUUUGGAAGUGUGUAACUAUGUAAAUCAAUGUUAUGUUUUGAUUCAUUGCUGGGACAGUAUAUGCCAAAAAUCAUUUUCUUCAACUGUUCUGCUUUGAUAUGCUUUAUCUACGUGUGAGUGUAAUUUAAAGCUGCUUUUUGAUUUAUUCCCUUUAUAUUUUGUCUAUUCUAAACUGAGAGCCUUGUUUAUGUGUAUAUAGUGUUUGUGUUUUCUUGCUUAUGAACGAGUAGACUGUUCUUUGGAUACAGGGGACCCAGACUGUUUCUUCGGGUUUUAAUUUGGACAAUGCCCAAGUCAUACAGUGCAUUACCUCUGUGCAGACUCUUCAGGGAAAUUAAUUGUGAAUGCAAUAGAUUUUUUUUCUAAGUCUGUAUUUAAAACUGGAAAGCCAGUACUGUAUGUAUGCAAUGCACUUGCUGUAGUUCAGUAGCCAGUGGGAAGCUGUUCCCCAUUCUGUUGUCACAGGCGGCUUAAUGUGGAAUGGGGAUUUAUUCUAAGAAUGAUUGAUUGUAUUAUACUAAGUUAUUAAUAAAUAACUAUUUUGCCUAUAUAGAACCUC